GAAAGUAAACACUCUGACUGUGUUUAGCAUUAGCUUCAUUCAGCAUUAUUCUCCAGGACGUUUCUCAGUAACCGGUGUUGGGGUUACACCGUAUUAUUAAAUCGUAACAAUCGUGUUUAAGCGUAAUAAUCGUAUUAAACCGUAUUAUUCGCUCAAGAUUAUUUUAUUUAACUUCUAUAAUACGACUCUGAACAGAUAAUUACCCACAGCUAGCCUGACCUGAACGCGCUAGCUAACAGCUGUCCUGCUCUUCGAUGCUAAUCAUCAGGCUGAAGCAUCAUGGAGCCUGUGUACACCCAGGGUGUGUGGCUGGCUGAGCUUCUCCAGUCCAACACCAGAGAUUAUGAGUCUUUCUGGCUGCUCGCUACUCACAUAGGAGACCCAAAAGCGGCGUUUCUGCUCGUUUUCCCACCUGUUUUCUACCUGCACAGACGGACGGGCAUCGCCGUGCUCUGGGUUGCCGCAGUCUCAGAGUGGCUUAACCUCAUCUUUAAAUGGGUCCUGUUUGGGGAAAGGCCUUACUGGUGGAUCGGUCAGUCAGGUUUAUUUGUGAAAAACAGCCCUUCGGUUCAGCAGUUUCAGUCCACCUGUGAGACAGGACCAGGUAGCCCCUCAGGCCAUGCCAUGGUCACUGCUGCAGUGUGGUGGGUGGUGGUGUCCGCCCUGGCCUCCUUUCUCCGCUCUCGCUCUGGCAGCAGUCGGAUACUGGCUGCCGUGCCUUACGUCUUCUACGUGCUGCUGUUGGGUGCAGUGGGUCUGUCUCGGGUCUUUAUUUUGGCUCACUUUCCGCACCAGGUCAUCGCCGGCAUUCUGACAGGCACGAUGCUGGGGGUGAUUCUAAACCGCACUGUGCCAGAUUGUCGCCCCCUGCUGUUCUUCCUGUGCAUCAGCAUGGCUCUGCUCUUCGGGGCAGUACUCAUGCAUGCUGGGCUGAAGAUGGUUGGCAUCGACCUCGCCUGGUCUAUAGCCUUGGCCAAGAGAUGGUGCUCCAAGUCCAAGUGGGUUCGCAUGGACACAAAUCCGUUCUCCUCUCUGAGCCGCGAUGCCGGGGCGCUUCUCGGGCUGGGGCUUGCCCAGUUCUGGAAGCCAGGUGGAUGGGCACUUCCCUGGGUACCGAAGACCCUCUGCAUGGCGCUGUCCUCCAUGGCGCUGUCCUACGUGAGCCGGGUUCCUCUGCCUACGGCUCCAGCCCUCCUCUAUUAUUCACUUUUUUUUCUUAAAUUUGUCAUAGUGCCCCAGGUAGUGAUGGUGCUGGUACCUGGCCUGGUGCACCUCCUCACAGCCAAACCCAGGAGGGACUGAGAGGAUUAAACAGAAUGAUGUUUAAGCUGAAAAAAUGAUGGUCAUUCAGUGAUGAUCUUAAAAGAACAUGAAAGGUGACUGAUCAACUCCUGUGAGUGCAACUGAACGGUGAAGCAUUUACUGUACAUACAGUUAGACUAGCUGUAUUACAUUAUUUUUUUGUCUACAGGUCUAAAUAUUGUCCAUAUUGAGAAGACUUUAGAAGAUUUUAUAGUGUCUUCUACAGAAAGGGAAUUCAAAAGCAUAUUUAUUUUUGUAAUACACCAUGUAGCUUUAAUUAAACAGUAGUGAUGAACGAUGGGAAUCUCCAGGGACCACCCGGUACAGUAUCAUCAUGAUGCCUAGCUGCUGAUUUGAUUUCUGUUUCAAUUCUUUAAGGAUCACGAUUUUAUCAAUAUCCCAAUUUGCUUUGAAAUAAUGUUCAGAUUUUAAACAUUCUUAGCAAAUAAUUCGCUUCUACCACACAGCUAAAUUGUGUGAAUAAUUUAGAGUGCACCACCUUUAGGAUUAUACUGUAGAUGAACUGUGACAUUUCACCUCCUUAAAUGCAAAGAAAUAUAAAAAAUAAAUGACACCUAACUGAAUAUAAUUUUUUCUCAAGCUCUAUUAGAAAUAAAUCCAAUAAAUGAAGGCUUAUAGAUGGAAUAACGAAGCAAUAACAAUAAGGUGUUAAUAUAUAUAUACAGGUUGUAUGUCUUGAGAAAAUAUUACUUCUUGAAAAAUUCCAGCUCUGAUCAUUAUUGCUUAUCCAGCAUUAUAAGCAAUAACAAUGCUAUUGUUUUUGACUAUGUCAAGGACAUAAAUACUGUACGUGUUUACAUAUAAAAUGAUUGUCGUGAGGAUGCCGCCUCUAUAGUGUUUUUAUUUAUUUUUUAUUUUUUUGGAGUCUCAUAUGAAAAAAAGCCCUUGUUACAAACAUUGCAGUUUGCAGUUACAUUAAAAACCGAGUUCUGCAAUUUCUGAUCUGGUACGUUGACAUGUUAAUUCAGCUGCUGGUCAUCUGGCUGAUUUAGUUGUUGUAUACAAUAUUCCAUUAUAACAUACAUACAUAUUCUCUAUUCAUGUAACAGUGGGAGAUGUAAACCCGAAUCCUGAUUCUCCUGUUGUUAAGAGAAUGAGUCAAAACAUACAGUACAUCUAAUUCAGUACAGUGAUUGUAAAAGGACCAAAAAUCUUUUUUUUCCCAUCCCCAGUGGCCAUAUAUUAGGUUCCAUUCACCACAGUUAAUACAAUGGCACUCCUUUCAAAAAUAAUGUUCAACCUAAAAAGAUAAUGAUCCAGUCUAAAUGCCUCGCAUAACUACAGAAAAAUGAGGCCUUUUGUGUGUUCCUCAUGCAAGGGAAAAAUAAUGUCAUGAUCGACCUGAUUAUAUUAUUGGCAUUUGUGUUGCAGUAAUAGGUGGAAUAAAGGUGUUGUAGAAAAAGGCUUUAGUCUAGUCUCGAUUGAAAACCAGUGAUGUGAUUUAAAGGUGUCCUCAUGCGCACAUAAGAAUACAAAGGAGUUUUAAAAGGGUCCAAGAUCCUUUUACUAAUGCCUUAAACAUUAUUAAAAUGAACAAAAUGUUUUCUAGAACUUGUAACCAGGACCCUUUUGGUCUUUGUUUUUGUGGCAUAUCCGUGAUAACAAUGAGGUGGUUACGUAGGAUAGUGUUUUCAAUGUGCUGAUGAGACUAAAAAUAUACCGCUUCCCACUGGGUCCAUCUGGCGAUAUGUACUGCUGCUCAUUGUUUACCAGAUAAAACAGUAAUCACAGAGUGAAAACCACACUGAUGUGCACUUGUUAAUGCUAAUGCUCAAUUCAGUCAAACUGCUCUUUCAACUGUUUUGUAACCAUUCAAGCAUACCCCAAGCAAAGCCCACCUGAAGGAGAUAAUGCUCAUAUAAAUGGACCGCUGCUUGAUCCAUAACCCAGUUGUAGGCAGCUCAUUGCCUCUAUGCAUGGUUAGAAGAAGCUCUGCUUCAGUCACAUUAGCAAUCAGAACAAUCACAUACCUCUGAAUUCAGAGUCAGUGGAUUUGAGAGGCUACGCCCGGAAAUAGAUGGCUCCUGUCAGUACAGUAAUAUGAUCACAU